AUGGCUAUUGGCCUUGGAUUCGACGGUGGUUACGGAGAAUUCGUGCUGGCACCUGUGGCAAGAUUAGUCCACAUCCCGGAUAUCCUCCCAUUUUCUCAAGCCGCGGUAGCGACUGACGCAAUGGCAACAUCUUACCAUGCUGUGGUAAUCGAAGCCGCUGCGAAACCGGGUAUGACGAUUGGCGUUAUUGGUAUCGGUGGCCUUGGGAUGUCAGGUCUCGGCUUUGGGGUCCUCAAAGGGGCCAAAGUGUACGGCAUCGACAUAUCCGAAUCAAAAUUCAAAGAAGCGAAGAGACUGGGGGCCAGCGGAUGUUUUAAGAGCCUCGAAGAUGCUCAAGAUGUGGAGUUCGAUGCCAUCGUUGAUUUUGCCGGCACAGGGGCAACAACGAAGCAGGCCAUUGAAAGGGUGAGCGAAGGAGGCAAAGUCGUGGUCGUUGGGCUAGCAGGUUCCGAGAUCACGAUUCCUAGCUACGCUUUGAUUGGUCGAAGCGUAACUCUCAUUGGUUCAUUUGGAGCGAGUGAACAGGACUUGAGAGAUGUCUUCGAGCUGUUGGCAAACAAGUCGAUUGAGCCAGAGUUGACAGAGAUUCCUUUUGCGGAGAUUCCUGCGGGGCUUGAUGCCUUAGACAGGGGCGAGACGCAGGGAAGACUGUGGUCAGAUCCUAGUAAGGCGAAGACAAGCUCAAGUAAACUGUAA